AUGUCGGAUAACCGUGCGUCUUCUGCACGGAGUGAUGGUGGUGGAGUGGACUACUUGUAUCAAGUGAAGCUUCUGUCUGCUCUUCGGAGCGGUGAUCCUGCUCGUAUACACACAUUUUUGGCCGAAAUUGGGAAGGAUGGUCGCAAGUCGUUCGAAGGGGAUAGUGAUAUAGGUGCUGCAGCACUCCAUCUGGCAAUUCGCUGCGCGUCAACCGAUACGGUCGCUCUCUUGCUCUCCCACCGCGCUAUAUCCCCCAAUGCUGUGCACCCGCCUGGCACUGGAACUACCGCCCUACAUCUCGCAGCAUCUGUUUCGCGUGCGGAUGUUGUCGCCUUGCUAUUGGAACACGAUGAGAUUGACGAUACCAUACGAGAUAGUCAGGGACGAACAUGCUUGGAGGUCGCAAAGGGCAAAGAAACGGUGCGGACCAUUCAAGAUUCUCGCUCAUUCAUGACAACAUCGUAUCGUUCGCUUUUGCGGACCUACGUCUUGUCUUCUCUCAAUGAACCGCCGCCGGAAGCACUAUUGAGAAUGCUUUCAUCUCAUCGCAUCCGCAAUGUGGACUUGUCCUACCUUGAUGAUUCAUCUGGCCGAACACUCCUUCACGAGGCGGCGAGACGCAAGGACUUGCGGCUAGUGGAACUGACAGUACGAGCGGGUGCGGACGUGUUCGCUCGUGAUCGGAGGGGGCAUAUGGUGUACGAUGGCGUAGGCAAGGAUGACAGAGUGAAAGUAUUUUUAAAGCAAUUUACGAACCAGGACACCACCCUCCUGGGACAGCAGUCAGCGGAACCGCCCGAGCUCAAGGGCUACCUGAACAAGUAUGCCAAUGUUGCAAAGGGGUACAACACGCGAUGGUUUGUGCUCAAGAAUGGAUUCUUCUCUUACUUCCGCCACCAAGAUGAUGAGAACGUGACCUGCAGAGGCGCAAUUGCGAUGAAGAACGCUACGCUACAUGUUUCUGCUGGCAGUUCUGGCGUGCGAUUUGAAGUUCAUUCCACUGGUCAUGGGGCACAGAAAUGGUAUCUGAAAGCUAAUCAUCGCGUCGAGGCAUCACGGUGGAUUCAAGCAUUGCAGAAAUGUAUGGAGCAUUCUAGGCGUGAAGCAGAAGCAGAGCGCAAGAGCGGCGAGAGUGAUGCCCCUAGCUUCAGUCCGUCCAUGAAGAGUACGAUAGCUAGUCGGCAAAUGAAGAGUGCAGGGACGGUUACUGGCUCGCCGCUGAGCUCUUUCACUGGAGACCACGGAUCUGGGGACGAGGCGCCUCCUGUGCAAGAAGCCAGUGGCAAAGAGACAGGCGACGAACAUGAGAACGAGAGGUCGUCAAUUGCAGAUUCGACAGAGCACAAUCCACCGCACAGCAAUUGUUACGAACUUCAAGGCAACGCGAUCGUGGCCCAAGCAGAACUCGCUUCACAGAUGAUCUCGAAAAUGUCUCUCACAGAGUCUUCGCCCCGGUCCACCGAGUUGAAAAAGGCGCUGGAAGAUACGUUUGCCUCUGUCAAUGCCAUGUUAAGCGAGUACGUGCAAAUGGUCCGCGAGCGGGAGGAAUGGUACAAGGAGAAACUCGAACGCGAACGUGACAGACAGAACAUUUGGGAGGAAAGUCUACAAGCUGUAGUUAAAGAAGGCCACCUCUUGGAACAAGAGCUCCGCAACAAGUCGCGCAGGCGAAGCCGCAUGAUGGACGGGAGUUUCGUCACUAUUACCCAGGAGGACGGCAGUAUGAGACGUAGAAUGUCGACGCUCGUCGCCCCGCCGCCCAUCGUGGCGUCUCCGCCUGAGACAGCCGUGCCAUCUCCGGAGCCCAUCUUGACACCAACAGGCCCGGGUCCCCUCGGGGUAGCUCGGAGACCGGUGUCAAGACAGCCCUCGGCGACCUCACCCGUUCAGUCAAUCAUGGCUUCCUCUAGCAUACGCCAGCGUGUCCAAUCUCCGACAGGUGAGGAUGAGGAAUACGUUGAUACGGACGAAGAGGACGAGUUUUUCGACGCGAUUGAGAGUGGCACUCUACCCAACUUGGUUGUUUCUUCCUUGAUGUCUCCCUCUGACCACUUGUGGAUAACCAUUCGCCAAAAUCAGUAUCAGGGAUACAUGAAUGCUCGGCAGAGAUUGGCGAUCACCAGCGAUGACCGACCCCCGAUGAGUCUAUGGGCAGUGCUCAAGAAUAGUAUUGGCAAGGAUCUGACCAAGAUAUCGUUCCCGGUGUUUUUCAAUGAGCCUACUAGUAUGCUUCAGCGUAUGGCUGAGGAUAUGGAGUUUUCUGAGUGCCUCGACGCUGCAUACAACGAAACUGAUCCUCACAAACGUAUUGCAUUCGUGGCUGCGUUCGCUAUGUCGAACUACUCCUCAACGAUUGGUCGGAUCGCCAAACCAUUCAACCCCAUGUUGAGUGAGACCUUCGAGUAUGUCUGUCUAGAUAAGGACUAUCGUUACAUGUCGGAGCAAGUCAGCCACCAUCCCCCGAUUUCUGCUUGUUGGGCUGAGUCUCCACAUUGGCGGUACUACGGCGAGGUCGAUGCUCAAAACAAAUUCAUGGGGAAAUCCUUUGAGAUUCGACCAACCGGUAUUGCUCAUGCAGAAUUACUCCUGCCUGCCGACAGAGCCCCCAGGUAUCCAAAAGUGAAGGGCCAUCACGUCGAAGGCAAAGUAAGCGAGCACUAUAGCUGGAAGAAAGUGACUACAAACGUAUCUGGUUUCAUCCUCGGCUCUCCAACAAUCGAUCACUAUGGUGACAUGGUGAUCACGAAUCACCGGACCAAGGAUCGUUGCGUGCUAACCUUCAAGCCCCGUGGCUGGCGAGGGAAGGAUGCCUAUGAGAUUUGUGGGUACGUGGCCGACGCCAACGGCAAUGUCACAUACGAGAUUGCAGGACGAUGGAAUAGUCAGCUCGUAGCGCGCUCUGUGGGGAGCGGCAUCGGACAGCUGCAUCCAGAUGUGCAUAUUGACGGCCCCACGUCGACCUCUACCGGACCUGAGUACAUCCUCCUGUGGCGGAAUUCCAAAAAGCCUCCCGCACCAUUCAAUCUCACGCCCUACGCCAUCACUCUUAACGACUGUCCAGAUACGCUGCGUCCGUAUUUGGCUCCAACGGAUUGCCGGCUGCGUCCUGAUCAGCGGGCGUUUGAGCUGGGCAGAUACGAGCACGCCAACGAUCUGAAGAAUAAGCAGGAGGAGUUUCAGCGAGCGACGCGCCGUGCGCGGGAGGAAGGUCGGGUGUCUCUACACAAGCCUCGGUGGUUCAGCGCCCAGACCGAACCCGAUACGGGGGAGAGAGUUUGGGCUCCGUCGAUGGUCAAUGAUGAAUUGGAAUACUGGAUGGAACGGGAUCGCAUAUGGGAGGCGAAGCAGAAUGGAAACGCUGUGACAUGGAAAGCUGUAGACCGUAUUUUUAUUGAGGACGACCCUUAG